AUGGGGACACUGCCACCCCAGAUGGAUUGGCACUGGGACGUGGUGACCAGCAGCUCUGCUCGCCCACGGGACCCCAUCUUCCCGGGUUGUGUAGCUGGCAAAGGAAAAGAGGAUCUCCUGCUGCUAACAAGGCACUGCUCUAGCUGCCUCCAACUCUUGCAGAAAGCAAGCUGUGCUGGUAGGAGCUGCCAGCAUAAUGCUGCCCUAGCUCUGGAUUUUGGGAACCUUCUCUAAGCAUUCUUAAGUCACUUUUCUUCCACCUGUUAUAAUUACAGGCCAGCUGAAAGCUGCUUUCUCUGGUGCUUGUUCUGUAGGGCCUGGUUCCUGGUGCUGUGCAGGAUGAGCAGCUCUUCCCCUGCUCUCAGGUUGCUGUCAGAGGACAGGACAGCUGCUGUGCUGUGGGGCUGUGAGCUGGGUGUGAACAGCCAGAGCUGCGUGGUGAAGGAGGACGAUGACUUCCUAGAGCACCUGGUCCUGCUGAAGACGAUCUCCCUGGGGGCCGAUGCCAGGGAUGAGUUGCACGUGGUGGCUGUGGAGUCCAAGAACACCUACGGAGACCACAAACCGGUGCCCAUCGCAUCCCUGCGUGUCUCAGUGCUCCCCAUGAUCAGUCUCAAAGGUCUGGAGUUUGUCCCUCCUGUCACCUUCAUGCUGCAGUGUGGAACUGGACCGGUUUAUCUCAGCGGGCAGCACGUUACGUUGGAAGAUGUCCCCAAGUGCAAAGUCCACGAGGAAGAGCUGUUGGAUGUGGAUGGAGGUAAUGAGGACGAUGCCAGGGCAGCGCAGGAUGGAGAAUAG